AUGGUUCAGCUAGCAACUUUCGGAGCAGCUCAAUCACUCGAAAACUUGGCCACGUCUUCGUUUAUGACCGCCACUAAUAGCAUCGGUGACACGAAGCUUGCAUUUGAUGUGAUGGGAGGCAGUGCAAAUCUUCAAGCCGUUUCGAAACCUCAAGUCUAUGUGGCAUCUGCUGGUGACGUUGCAGCUGGUUCGCCAUUUUACGUCGCACAUUACUUGGCUUGCAUUAAGCUGCGGGAUAUUUCUGACUAUUUCAAGAAAUGCCCAAUGCAGAAGAAUACGCGCGGCUUCAUUUACCUCAAUUACAACAGUUCAUCUACUAUGGAUACUUUAAUUACAACUGGUACUGCUGGCGUUGUUGCGCCUACUACUAUUGCUAUGGUGCAACGACAACUGCUUUGGCCGAAGAAAACCUUUCGCUACUUUGAGCGGAUCACAAAUAAAUUUACUGUUGCUCCAGGCGCUUCCUUCACUUGGACGGUCAGUAAUGGUAUUGCUAAUCCAAAGCGUUUGAUUAUGCAACCUGUUAUUACCAAUAUAACGGCAGGUGCCACUGUAUCAGAUAUGAUUAAUCCCUUCCGUAGCCCAUUUUCGACUGUACCUGCUACGACAAGUCCAUUUGCUGCAUUGAAAAAUCUUCAGAUCACAGUUGGAAACCACCCUAUCUGGAACAACCCCGUGAGGUUCGGAUAUGAUUUGUUCGUGCAAGAGAUGUCAAAGUCAGGCUGUGAUGGUGGUCUUGAUGAUGUUGUCUCGGCCGGUUUGCUAUCUCAGCGUCAAUGGGAAUUACUUUAUCGAUUUGUUGCUGUUGAUAUUGGUUGUCGUCUUCCAAGUGAAGAUGGUGCAAGCAAGAGUAUUAUCGUGUCUGGUACUUCCAACUGCAACUACGCUCUCACCAUUUAUUACCACGUAUUGCGUGAGGUUGUAGUCACAGUCGAUACGGCUAUGGGUACGGUUUCACAAGGUCCUACCAAGCAAAAGGCAUAUGAUCGCUAUUACAAUGCCAUGGCAAAGAGCGAUUUUGCUCAAGGCAAAAAGCCGAAGGCUCUAAUUCAAAACGAGUCGUUGGAUGAUGCAAGUGCUGAUUCACUUGCGAAUUUGUUUCAGCAAGUGAUGGCGAAGAAUCGUCCCAAAGGGCCUCCUGAAAUUAUCAAAGGUGAAGCACAUGAGGCUCCUAAAGCAAGUAAAAAGAAGCAUACUUACGUUCCACAAUCAACUGACGCAGACUUCGAUAUGGAAGAGCCCACUGCACCUGAAGAAUCACCCGACGAUUUCUAUAGCGGCAUACACGACGUUGCUCAAAAGGCCACCAAUACUCGAGCAUAUAUUAAGGGGAAAAAGACUUUGAAACAGGUGGUGGAUGACCACGUUCGAAAUUAUCUUAACAAACGAAGAGAGCUUAGAAGAGAAGAUUCAAUGCGAAGCUGA